UUGAGAAGAGGCUCAACCAGAAUCAUUUACAGCCUCGCUCGAUGGGGGGCAAGGCUGAGUUUUCCAGCCAUCGCGGUGAACGCUGAGCGUCGCUGCAUCCAGCUGCCUGCGGAGGCGGGAUGCUCCCUGGGUGCUGUUGUCCCUUCGUUCGCGGUGAGGGGGCUGUUCCCUCACCCUCCGCACAUCCGCGCUCGCUCAGUCCGUCCGGAGCAGCGGCGGGGAUGAGAGCCAACGCGGCGACGCGCUCUUCAGUGAUGGCCUCGCCCGCACAUUUGUGCUGGUGAUCCUGCCGCCGCACACGGGGAAGAAGCAGACACCUCUCUCCCAAAAACUGUGGAAAAAGGACAUAGAGGGAGGGAAAGAGGAAACACACCAGCAUAAACAAAUGCGAACAUGUACAGCGUGGAGGACCUCCUCAUUUCUCAUGGAUAUAAGCUACCCAAGCAUACGACCGCGUCCACCGCCCCGACCCCGACUCCUGCAGCCACAUCCCGCCAGGCGCACUCUUCCUCACCUCCAUCUUACAGUAAGCACCACGAGAGUCUGGGGAGCAGGCCAUGUAGCAGAUUAGUGAACGGCUACGAAGGAGGUUCGAGAGCGGCGUACGGGAACAACAGUGUAAGCAGCCACCAACAAGUGUACGUGGCCGGAACUGGGUGCCCCAACAACAAUGUCGAACCCAGGGACAGAAGCCAAUCGAGGCAGGAGGGAGAAAUCCAGGGCCAAAUCGAAACUCCUUCCUUUGGAGAGUCGCUGACCUCAGACAGUGGGUUCUGCGAUGGCACCAGAGGUCAACAGAUGCCAUCCAAAGACGUGUCCUUCUGGAGGAGGAGAGGCCAGGACUUUACCGUGCUGCUGGAUUCCGCUGACCACAGAGAGUGCCAUGCGGGGGGAAAUGGGGAAUAUAACAGACAAGAGGGACAUCAACAAGCACGAGGUCAAGAAUUGUCCACGGAAGAGCGUCAGAGAGUAGCCCAGGAGAGGCAACGCUGGGCAGCCCAGGUCCAGGCUCGUGCUAAAGAGAGGGAGGCAGCUCUCAAACAGUGGAGGAUGGCCACCGAGAGGAAGUGCCAGAGCCUGGGGACAGAAGAGUGGCGUCCAGCUGUCAGCUUUAGUCGCCAGAUGUCGCAGAGUGAGGGCGAACGUCGGGCGCAGGAGCAGCAGCGGCUCCAUGCCAGGACACCAGAGGGAAUGGUAGUCCACCCCAGGACCAAAGCCAAAUCCCAGUCCAUGCCCAGGAUGCUGCGACCUGAGAGCCUGCAAUAUGUGAACAUGGCAUCAUGCGGUCAGGACUUGUACAGGCGGGUUAACGGCCAUCCGCUGUCACACCAUCACCUUUACAGGGCACCCCGCUGGCCGGAGAAUGGUAGGCCAGCAAGUGCCAACCCAUUAUCAUUAACGCCAAAGCCCCGCUUCACUCGACCCCCCAGACCUCCCUCCUAUGAAAUGCACCAGCAGAUCAGGGGAAGCUGUGAGGUGUUGUCUGGGAGAGACUCGGUUCUUUCCCACACCAGGGAGAGGACCCCUCUUCCCAUCACGCGAACAGGUGACGCGCCAUUAGACUAUUUUGCACAGGAUUCUGGACCUCCAGGAUACAUCCCUCCCCCAUCAUAUAAGCGAGCCCCCGUCAUUAUAGGAGGGCGUCGAGGAUAUGGUGAAAUUGCAGUUGAUUACAGGUACAGAGGUGACAUGUACCAGCAGAUACAUGUUGCUCCAGAUGGAUCUCACUGGAUCGCUCGACAUCCAGCGGGUUCUUGGUCCGAGUCAUCCAGAGAGCGAUGCAUUGCGGGCCAGAAGCAGCUCCAUCCUGUUUGUACUUUGCAAGAGCAUCCAGGGGGAGGGGUCCAGUAUAUCUCCUUUGAUGACCCCCGCAUACGGCACAUUUCCUCAGCUCUUGGUGGUAAUUCCCUGACAGACGCGGACAAGAUUCGUCACAUCCGCAACGAGUUACCCAGCACCGCCGUGUCGGAGCCAGGGUCCGGCAACAGUGCCUUUAUGCCCCCGUCAAAGGGGCCUUUUAUCGCUGCCAAACUGGCUAGCGAUGCUAAUCAGACGUCUUCAUGUGACUUUGUCAAUGACAAUAAGAGGUGGCACAGCAAUUUGCACAAAGCGACUGACGAUAACUUCUCAGCAACUGACCAAAAUUGCAACACAUAUUCCAAAAACCAACGUCCUUCUCCUUCGCCAUCUUCAGCCUUUCAGGCCCCAAUAAGAAGAGCAGCGUCUCGCCAGGGGUCCAGCUUAGAUCAAGUCUUUGCAGAAACCAUCACACAAGUGAAGAAAAUUGCCCCAGAUUCAGGGUUGGAGAAUAACAGAAAUACUAAGAGAAGAGUGAGUGAGACCAUCUUCUGCCUUGUGUCUGUUCCCCUUCACACGCCAACUAACCUUAACAAAGAUUUAUCAGCAGAUCAGAACAACAAUGGCACAGCACGAAGUCUGACUGUGAACAAUACUGAAACCUUUGCUGUAGGCCUCAAGGAGACCCAUACCUUGCGAAGCAAGUCAGUAAAUGAGAUGCCCAUCCGAGUCCACUACUCACAUUUUCACACCACCAGCACUUCCUCCCUGAGGAAUUACAAGAGAGCUCCUUUAAGGAAGGAGAUCAUAGAUGCCUGGGCACUUCAAGCCAAUGAGGACAAGGACAUGUCUUCUUCCGGGUCCUGGCCUGGAAACCAGUACCGUAACCAGGAAACCCAGACUGGCUCCCCCUUAACUGUGGUCAAAAGUCCAGAACCCCAAAGCCCAUCGGAAAAACAAGAGCCUGUCCUCUCUGCCUCGGACGCAAUGACUGAUAGCGGAGUAGGAACAGAUAAUGGUUCCUCUUACGGCUAUCCCAUGGCUGGCCAGAAAAACCUCCAUCCCUCUAGUAACAGCGCCUUCUCACGACUUUGCAACAGCCCAACACCGCAGCAAUCAUUGCAACCUUCUGGAGAAAACAUAUCUUCCCCAUCCAAACAACCUGAUCCAGUGGACCAGAACCCAACAUCUCCAAAGGGGAGCAACUUGAGUCCUCCAGAGUGUGCCGCCGUACAAGUGGCCUUUGGUCAGUUUCUCCUAAAACCAGUAAACCGACGGCCAUUCGAUGCCAUUGGUGAGCUGGAAACCAUCAAUAAAGAAAUGGAAGACACAAUCAGCAAGAGGCGUCACAUUGGUUUGUCAAUUGAUGAUUUAGAUGGGAUGAAUAAAAGAAAUUGUCACUAUAGAUCAGGAACACAUUUUACCACCGGCCUGGGGGCAGGCAGAGAAGCAAUAAGUCUUCCACCCAUACACACAGAAAAACCACCUUUCAAAAUAAGAUCAAAAUCCUUUCCCUCUGCCAAUGAUUUGGAAUCCAUGGCCCAACAACAGGCUUUUGUGAGACCGCAUACCAACAUAACAUUAACUGAUAAAGUAUCCGUAAUCCCCAGAUCAGGUAGGAGACUAGGUGAGUCCUCACUGCCACAAGACAGUCAUUCUAACCGGUUUUAUAGGCAGGAUAUUCCCGUCCCUCAGGAGUCAAUGCUAAGAGAUGUUGGGCUAACGGUCUACACAGAGACUCCUAGUGGUCACGGGGAGACAACACAGCUCUCACUCUUGGUCUCUCAUGAACUUGACCAUGAGGAACUGCCAGUGCAGCGUUCAAACGAGACCACCACCGUACAUGUAAAAAAGAGUGGCAGGCUAGAGAGCAGUUCUGAUCUAGAGUGUCAAGAAACAGAAAGUGAAACAAAAGCUCAAUUAGACAAAGUGUCCCGAGGCAGCGAUGAUCUGAAUUCGAACAUUUGUGGAAGUGAGACCGAAAACUGCAAAGUGCCCAAGAGUAAAAGUUCCCCAUUUGACACCCAGCUGACCCUGGAGGCUCCCUUUGUGUUCAAGGAUGAUGGUAAUGGCAAAUACAGGGACCCUGAACCUAUAAAAUACAAAACAAAUGCGUCAACAAUAGCAGACGUUCAUCUUGAGACCAUACUUAUUCAAGAGAAAGCCAAUGCACUGCCUGAAGAGGACCUCAGUAGCUUGUAUGAAGUAAAAUGUGCAAAGGGAAUACCAGAAAAUGAAUCAAUUGAACAGAGAGCUGCCAGAAUUUUAGGCAUUACCGUUCCAAUGCAGACGUUGGGAGUGUCAGAAAAGAGUGACGAUGGAGAACCUUCUGUAGCUGAGGAACUACACGUUGCGAGUGAAGACAAACAGAAUGUGAUCGAAGAGUGUGAGGAAGUCGAACGGGAAUCCCUAAUUUUACUGGGAACGGAGAUGGAAGGAGUUAAAGUGUCGAAAUUAAGGGAAGACCACAAUGAAGAUGGCAGACAAAAGCACAGCAACAAUCCCGAUGAUGGGAAACACAAUGAAGAUGACAUCACUCAGUCUGUAAUGGUGCUGGACCUGCCUGAAUUUCCACCUUAUAAUCUUCCUCUAUCCUUACCCGUCAGCCCCGAUGAGAAGCAACCACUAAAGAAAGGAGAAAAAAAGGGCACGGCACCACAUCCUUCAAGUAAGUUUAUUGAAGCCCUGCAAGAAAAACUAAGCUCUUUCACUUCCGCAUCUGCGACAUCUGCGGGCAGGUCAACCACGGACAGACUAGCCCGACUCAAAGAGCUGGACUCGGUGUCUCGGAUUAGACGCCUCAGCCUGAAAGGUUCCACUUCCACUAAAGAGCGUAAUUCUGAGGAGAGCGAUAUGGGUCGAGAGAAAAACUUUGUUCAGGAAGAGACGAAGGUUGAGGUUAAACAAGAAAAUGAAGAAGUUGUGAAUGCACAGAAUGGGGAGAGGAGAGAGGAGGAUCUGGAUUCUCCUGUUGAGCAUGAAAAUGCAGAUGAAACGCAGCGCGAGAUAGAGACCCUCAAAGAUUGUCAACCCGGUGAAGACAAUGAAGACAUAUGCAAAGGAAAUGGAAAAUCAGAGGAGGUACAACGUACAAAUGACGAAAUUACAGGAAAAGCAAUGAAGGGAGUAGGCCGGGAAGAAGCCGGCGUGAAAACAGACGGAAACGUGGAGCUCCACGUUGAACCCAACACGGACAAAAAUGAAGCAGCAGAAGUUAGAAGUGAAAUGACAAACGACGUCAAGGUCGAAAAGUUGCCCAAAGCCAAGCGCCGCACGAAGCUCCAGAAACCUCCACUGCUUCCGAAACCGCGAAGCGUUCCCAAAAGAGAAAUAACCCUACCGCUCAGUUUCAGCACCGAGUCCUCAAAUAUGGAACACGAGGAGAUGCUAAAUGUCACAGACUCCUAUGACCCCAGUCGGGUGGAGCGAGUGUAACCUCCACUGUGGACCUCUUUCUUUUUCCAACUUAACAACCUUUUUUUUGUCCCAAGUAAAAAAAAAAAAAAAAAAAAAUUCUUAUCCCACAACUUUGUCGGCUGUGACGCUUCCAGUAUUGUUACAUAUCACCCGCAACAAAUCUGACUUUCCUGGUGCUGCGAAAACUUUUUUUUUUUUUUUUUACAGCCAAAUAAAAAAAUAGUGCCAAUUCAAAGUCAGCUGGGAUUGGCUGCAGCUCACUGGUGACCCUGAUGAGGACAAGCAGUCUCAAAAAUGGAUGGAUGGAGAUUUCUCCGAGCAUUUUGAACCCUCCCCCUCCAGUCACCCCUCAAAUGUUUCUUUGCUACACCAAGUAAACUGCCUUCCUGUGAAAUAAUUCAAGUUUUUUUUUUUUUUUUUUUUUUUUUUUUGCUUUCCGUUACCAUGCAUGACAUGAUUUCCUUCGGCACCGGACCUUCUGGCUCAGUGUUGAAUUAUGAAUGUAAAAGUGCUUCUGCUCUUCAAAACACAAAACGAAAUGUAACAGGUUAAUUCAAAAAAUGAAAAAAAAAAAGGUGACAGUAUUGCAUUACAAUCAGUAUUAAUCUUCAGCAAAUGUAAAUAUGAGAAAAAGAGUAUAAAAUUUUAUCCAGGUGAUAAAUAUCAAUCCAAGAAAUGUAUAUUUUCUUAUAUAUGUUGAGAAAAUGAUAGAUUUUUUUAUGUGGUAUUUGAGUGUUACACUAAUAAUGGAACCCUCUUUUGUUUAUUCUUCUACGUGUAUGAUAGUGAAUGUACUCAAUUUGGGUUGCAAUGAGAAACACUGUGGUCUUUCAAUAGUUUCACUCGAGAGCAAUAUAGUUAUUGUACGUUUUUGGGAUAGAUUUGCGGUAGUACUGUAUGGCUCCGUUUCGAGAAGGUGAUCUUAUUUAAAUGUCUAUGUUAAAGCUUUACAUUUUGGUACAAUUGUGCGAUUUUGCUAUUUUGGAGGUUCUGGCCAUUGCGUUGAUGAGAACCAAAUUGUGAAAGAUUUCUAUUUUGAGCGUGAUUUUGUUGCGAUAGCCCGCUUCGCUUUUAGCAGCAGCAUUAGCAAAUGCCACAUACUCGACAGCGGAAGUGACCGAUUUGCCAACCGCGAUCAAACCCAUUCAAAAUAUUAUCUAUAUAUUUUUGGGCGGGAACGUUUUGAGUCUAUAUUUAUCUGCAGUUCUUCUUCUAUCUGUGAUUUCAGAAGUGCUUUUUCUGCAGGAAAUGAUAAAUAUCGUGUGGGUAUGUGGACUGAAAGGUGUGCCUUGUAUGCACUGUUUCUCUUGGCUGACUCGUGUGUAAAACAGCAAACAUCAUCAUUUGCAUUUAUUUAUUUUUAGUAUUAUUUACUCUUGUGAAAGUGUUGGCGAAUAUAGUAAAAAUGAAAUGUCCAGUAGUUGUUAUUCUGAAUGAAAGUUGUAAAGUUAAGAGAAAAAAGAUAGCGAAAUCACUUGGAUGUAGGGACGGGCGGACUCCUACAGUUAUAAAAAUAAAGGCCUAAUUAUAUACACCUAAAAAGAAAACAAAAUACUGUGAUAAAGUAUAUAACAUUUCCAGUUGUUUAUUAUUUUCUUUUAAAGUUAAGUUGCCAAAUGAGGAGAAAAAUAUUUUGGCACGGUGGAUCAGCUGGUAAAGUGUUGGCCUCACAGUUCUGAGGUCCCGGGUUCAAUCCCGGCCCCGCCUGUUUGGAGUUUGUAUGUUCUCCCCUUGCCUCCCACAUCCCCAAAACAUGCAACAUUAAUUGGACACUCUAAAUUGCCCCUAGGGGUGAUUGUGAGUAUGACUGUUGUCUGUCUCCAUGUGCCCUAUGAUUGGCUGGCAACUAGUCCAGGGUGUACCCCACCUCCUGUUCGUUGACAGCUGCGAUAGGCUCCAGCACUCCCCGAGACCCUCAUGAGGAUAAGUGGCUAAGAAAAUGGAUGGAUGGACAUUUCACAAAUGAAGUACUGGUAGUCAUUUUAACAAGUAUAAUGUAUAAAAUUGCUACUUUUUUUCCAUGUGACUAUAGACAUGUAUUUUUACUUUUGACCUAAGAAAUAUUUUUUUUAAUUCUAUUUGGGUUCAAUGUACUAUUCUAUCAUAUAUUCUUAAUAAUAAUCAACAGAACAUUGUAAACAUGUUCAAUUAUUUUAUGUUCAAGAGUACUUAUUUAAGAGGUUUGGAGCAGAACUGACUUUGCUUUGGUGAUAGCAAUACAAAAGACAUUUGGGAAUAUACCAAAAGCAGACUUUAUACUAUGCAUUGGACAUCAACAUUGACUGGGUUUAAUACCAAAAUUCAAAGCUGCAACUACUGGUUUCCUCGUGUCUGGCCUAUGCCAGUUUUUUUUUGUUUUAAUUUUGUCAGCAAGAUGAUUAUGAUCCCCACGAUGUUGUUGGUCCAGUUGUAGACGUAUGGGAAGGUGGCUUUGACGAGACUGAUGUGGUAGCUGAAGCCGAGGUUUGUCUUAUUCUCGUUUUUUUUUUUGACCCAGUACCCGUCCUGCCUCGUUCAAGGUCAUCCUCAUUAAUCUUUUGUACUGCAAGUUAUUUGUAUCAUAUAGACUGACUGGUCCACAUCUUGCUUUGAUAUUAUCUAUUUUCAUACUGACAAUAUAUGGAUAGAUUCCUUUUUUUUUUUUAAUGUGCGGCAUCUUUAGUUGUGUGUGUUUGCGUGCGUGUGUGUGUGUGUGUGUGUGCAUGAAAUGCGUAACAACUCACUGAGAAGUGUAUUUACAUAUACUUGCAUUUGGUACGGUAUAUUAAAGUCUAUCCAAUAAACAACUGUUAUAUUUCAAAUAAUGUAUAUUUUAUUUUCAAAAGGUAUUCUACAUAUUUAAAAGCAGAACAUGGUAUUUUUAGAUUGUGAAAAGGGAACUAAUUAUAAAAGGCACAAUGUUUGUCUACAUUGAAAUUGAUCAUUUAGAAUGAUCGUAGAGACAAGUGUGUGCUAUUGUACAGUAAUACAGACUUCAUAAAU